AUGGCCGCCGAGCAACAAAUCUCACAUGCUUAUUAUAAUGACACUGAUGAAGAAGAUGAGGAUGAUGAUGAAAAAGAAGAGGAGGAGGAAGAAGAGAACUCCGAUGAAUGCAAAAGCAUGCACGGCACAUGCCGUACUCGUCGAGGAGGGUGGUUCAUGGGUAAGGUUUUGGACCCAAGAGCUACAUGGGUUCAAGAAUGGAAUAGGGUGUUCCUGCUAGUAUGCGCCGCUGGUCUCUUCGUCGACCCUCUCUUCUUCUACGCACUCUCCAUAAGCGACACUUGUAUGUGCCUAUUCGUAGACGGGUGGUUUGCUGUCACCGUAACGGUUCUUCGGUGCAUGAUCGACGCCUUACACGUGUGGAACAUGUGGUUGCAGCUCAAAAUGAACAGGCGGCCUCCGGCAGCCGUGGGUGGCGGCGAAAGAAACCGGUCACAUAACUCCAGUGGUUGGGUCCUCCUGCCACUUCGAUACUUGAUGGCCAAGAAGGGGUUCCUUUUUGAUCUCUUUAUCAUCCUCCCUCUCCCACAGGUACAACGGGGAAAAAAAUCUUAUGGACUGCCUUUGCCAGUUGAAUCGAUUUGGUAG